AUGGCAAAUCCAGAUUUAGAUCAAAAUGAACAAUCAUUUCCACCACCAUAUAUACCACAAACCAAUAAUAAUAAUGAUGAAAUCCCAUUUUCGAUGGGUACCACAUCACCAGAACAACCAUUAGCAUCAGCACCACAAUUAGAUAACCAACAACCACCACCACCAUAUAGACAAAUGCAAUUUUAUCAACAACCAAUUUAUCAGCAAACCAUUUAUCAACAACCAAUCUAUCAGCAACCACCACAACAACAAUUUUUCCAACCAAACACCACAACCACAACCACUACAUCACAAAUGAAUUUCCCACAACCAAUUCCACCAUCAAAUAUUUCAUUAACACAAAUUCCAUCACCACUCCAAAACAACACCACUGUUAUUCCACCACCAUUAUAUUACCCAAUCGAUACAGAAUUUUUCCCAACCUACACACCAGAAUAUACAUGUAAUACCGAAUCAUCAUUUGGUAUUGGUGCUUCAUUAACUGAAGUACCACUUACAGAUAAAGUUUUAAACCUUUUUAUAAAGAAAAGAAUGGCUCCACAAUUUGAUGAUAAAUUAUUAGAAUCAUUAAUAAUUUGUAAAAAUUUAGAACAUUUAAAUCUUAGCAACUGUUUAAAUUUCUCAAGUAAUUUAUUUAGUAAAUAUGUUUGCAAAUUUUCACAUUUAAAAUCAUUAAAUUUAAAUAAUUGCCAACAAAUCACCAAUGACAAUCUUUCAAAAAUUGCAUCUAAUUGCAAGAAUUUAGAAGAAAUUCAUUUAAACAACUGUAUUAGAAUUGACGAUGAUGGUAUUUGCGAAUUAGUAGGUAAAUGUAAAAAAUUAAAAAUCAUCAGUUUAUCAGGUCUCACACUAUUAACUGAUCGUUCAGUUAACACAAUUUGUAAUAAACUUACCGACUUGGAAUCACUUUGUUUAAAUCAUAUUCAAUGGGUCUCUGAAAAGAGUUUGCUUCAAUUAAGAAAAUUCCCCAAACUUAGAUCCCUAUUCUUUUACAAUACACUUAUCACUGAUGUUUCACUCUGUGAUAUUGCUGUUCAUUGUGGCCCAUCUCUUUUAGUUUUAAAUGUUUCAAAAUGUAGAAAUCUUAGUAACAAUAGUAUUGCCACUGUCGCUAUAAACUGUAGAAAUCUUAAAAGACUAUUCAUUCAAGAUAACCCUGCACUUACUGCUCAAAGUAUUAGUUUAGUUGGUAGAAACUGCUUAGAACUUAAUGUACUUCGUAUUGAUGGCUGCUUAAAUAUUAUGGAUGAUAGUAUAUUUUCCUUGGAACCACUCUCUAAAUUAAAGAUUCUUAAUCUUUCUGGUUUACCAAAAAUUAACGAAAUGUCAUUAAUUAAAAUCUUACCAAGCCUCAGUGAUUUAGAAGAGCUUUAUCUUUACGACAACCCACGUUUCUCUGACUUGACCGUUAAACAACUAUCUGUUAGCAACUUACGUUUACAUACAUUGCGUGUAGAUAAUACAAAUUUCGUUACAAACAACUCAAUCAUCUCACUAUCAAACAGUAUCUCCUAUCUUCGUACCAUUAAUCUUUCACAUUUGACUCACAUCAGUGACUCUACCAUAUUGGCAUUAGCCACAACUCAAAAGUUUAUUCAAAAACUUUAUCUUACUGGUUGUAAAGGUUUAACAAAUGAUACUCUUUUUGCUGUAUCAUCAAUGUCAUCUUUAGAGGUUCUUCGUAUCGAUGAUGGUUUCCAAUUUAGUGAAGAGGCUCUUAGUAGUAUUGGCUACUUGAAAAACCUAAGUAUCUUAAAUAUCUCUGGUUGUGUCAAUACCACCAAUCGUAUUAUCGAUGUCAUCACCUACAAUUGCAGACAACUAGUACAACUAUAUAUGUCAAGAUUACCAUUUGUAAAUGACUCUGUACUUCCAUCAUUACUAUCAAAUCUUCCAAAACUACGUACACUUCGUAUUGAUGGCUGCACCAAUAUGACAGAUCGUUCAUUGACUGGUAUUAAAUUCCUCAAUCGUUUAACCUUGGAAGUUUUCAAUUGCUCUGAAACUCAAAUGGGCUGCAAUGGUCUUUUAAAUAUUGUUCAACAAUCAAACAUUCGUGAGCUCUAUGCAUGGUCUUGUGACUAUAUUACCGAUGAUGUGUUAAAAACAAUGGCUAAUAAUAGAUGCAAACAUAUUGGUGAUAAAGGCGUAAGAGCAUUCAUUCAAAGAGCACCACUAUUACGUGUAUUAAAUAUUUCCAGUACCUCUGUUGGCGAUGAAACACUUCAAACUGUUGCUGGCUAUUGUAAAAGAUUAAAGAAACUUUUUGUUGCAAAUUGUCCAAAGAUUUCAUCAUCAGGUAUUAGCGCAAUUGGUUUCCAAUGUAGCGAGUUAAGUGUACUCAAUGUAUCACGUUCUCAUAAUUUAAAUGAUGCUGGUAUCAUCGAUAUUGCAAGAUGCAGAUUCUUAAAACGUCUUCUCAUUAAUGAUUGCACUAGAAUAUCUGAUAUAUCUAUCAUUAAAGUAGCUACCAAUUGCCCAAUGUUAAAGGAGAUUUCACUCAAAGGUUGUACAAAUAUCGGUGAAGUUGCUGUACUCUCUUUAUCAACUUACUGCAAACGUUUACAAGUUAUAGAUUUUACAGAUUGUCAUUUAGUAACCGAUUUAUCAAUCGUAGGAAUAGGAAGAGAGUGUCUUUUAUUGAAAAAAGCAAUUUUAUGUGGCACCAGUAUUUUAGAUAGUGCCGUUAUAGAAAUCUGUGUACGUUCAAAUGUCAACAUCAACACAUUAGAUUUACAACGUACAAGAAUUACUGAUAAAUCUUUGGAUAUAAUCUCCCAAAUGUGCCCAGGUAUAAAAAUUUUAAAUAUUUCAAAUUGUGGUGUAUCACCACAAGGAGUUAAUUUAAUUAAACAAUCAUGUUUUUUAUUAACAAAUUUUACAUCAAAUAAAAUGAAUUAA